GCGGGGCGCGCGGGACGUGCUGCCGCGUCGGCACCAGCUGAAUGGGCGGCGGCGGAGCAUGUGUGUGCCGCUGAGGCUGCCGCUCGCCCGGGACGCGGAGAGUGCAUGCCUUUCCCGGGCCAGACGGUGAAGCCGGAGAGGACGUGGAGGCAGCGGCGGAGGGGAAGAGCGGCGGGAGACAGGCUGGGCAUCCCUCUCGGGGGCUGGAGGGCCCCGGCUUGGCGGGGGUUAUGGCAUCGCUUGCGGACCGAAUGCGAGGCAACGGGCGCAUAGCCGCUGGGCUCCUGCUCAACCUACUGGUGUCCAUCUGCAUCGUGUUUCUCAACAAAUGGAUCUAUGUGCACCACGGCUUCCCUAACAUGAGCCUGACCCUGGUGCACUUCGUGGUCACCUGGCUGGGCUUGUACAUCUGCCAGAAGCUGGACAUCUUUGCCCCCAAAAGUCUACCGCCUUCCAAACUCCUCCUCCUGGCCCUCAGCUUCUGCGGCUUCGUAGUCUUCACCAAUCUCUCUCUGCAGAACAACACCAUAGGCACCUAUCAGCUGGCCAAGGCCAUGACCACGCCGGUCAUCAUAGUCAUCCAGACCCUCUGCUACAAGAAAACCUUCUCUACCAAAAUACAGCUCACGCUGAUUCCUAUAACUUUAGGUGUAAUCCUAAAUUCUUAUUACGAUGUGAAGUUUAAUUUCCUUGGAAUGGUGUUUGCCGCUCUUGGUGUUUUAGUUACAUCCCUUUAUCAAGUGUGGGUAGGAGCCAAACAGCAUGAAUUGCAAGUGAACUCGAUGCAGCUGUUGUACUACCAGGCCCCAAUGUCCUCCGCCAUGUUGCUGGUCGCCGUGCCCUUCUUUGAGCCAGUGUUUGGAGAAGGAGGAAUAUUUGGCCCCUGGUCAGUGUCCGCAUUGCUUAUGGUGCUGCUCUCUGGAGGAAUAGCUUUCAUGGUGAACUUGUCGAUUUAUUGGAUCAUUGGGAACACGUCACCAGUCACCUAUAACAUGUUUGGACACUUCAAGUUCUGCAUUACUUUAUUUGGAGGAUAUGUUUUAUUUAAGGAUCCAUUGUCAAUUAAUCAGGGUCUUGGCAUGUUAUGCACAUUAUUUGGCAUCCUCACCUAUACCCAUUUGAAACUCAGUGAACAGGAAGGAAGUAAGAGUAAACUGGUACAGCGUCCAUAAUUGGGUUUUGGUGGAGAAAAGAAAGCCACCCCAAGAAGAUAAAAAAGUGUUAAUUCGGUGUGCAAGUUACU